UGUGAACUCGGGAGGGGAAACGCUGCGCGGGUGAAGAAAAAAAAACCUCCCAGGAUUUAACUCCCUGCCAUUUUGAGCAAAACCCUGCCGACAGCGGAGUCCAGACGUGUCCAUCAAGCGGCGGCCAUGGCCUGAUUUAAAGCACCACGGCUCGCCGGGACUUUAUGGAAAAGGAGUUUGAUUGGACCUGCGCUCCGGGAGCCGUUGUUCUUUGAACUCUGCAGCCAUGUGCUCCACUAACCAUUCCAACUGGGUCACCUUUGACGACGACGUCACGCCGCCCUCGUCGCCCCAGAAGCCCCUGCAGUCGCCCGGUCUCAUCAAAGCGUCGGUGCCGCGUCCCAACGGACUGAAGCUGGUGCUGCCUCCCAUCAAAGACACUUCCUGGAGCUUCUGCAGUUCCCUGGAAUCUCCUCAAAGCCAGUCGAGCUCCGGCGGAAAGUCUUUUGCCGCCCGUCACAGCGCCUCGACUGCUCCUGUGACGAGAGUCUCCACCGGCACAUCCCCGUUCCACUCCCCGUCGUGGGAAAAGAACGUCUUCAACCGGAGUUUGUCCAGCCCGCCGGGGAUCUCCGGACCCUCACCCGCACCGGAGACUCCGAGUCAAGCUGCAGAUGGACCGAGGCCUUUCCCCGCUUUCAAGGGAAACUCCGGACACUUGAACCCCUUCUGGGACGACUGCAGAAAGAGCACCGACGUGGGCAGCUCCUCCUCCGACUCGGACACAGACAACAGCCUCCCGCGAUUCUUCAUUCGGACCAAAGAUGGCAGCACGCCUCCACGCGACCCACCCCACAACCCUUUCUCCUUUGUGUGCAAUAAAAUGGAAGACCUGGAAGUAGGAAAGGAGGACGACGACGCGGACAUGCCGGGGGGCGAGGAGUCGUGGACGAGCGACCGAAACGAGGCGAUGAGCGAUUGCUCGGCGCACUUUGUUCCCCGGGGUCUGUUCCGCAGUCAGAGGAGAGACGGCUGGCCCGUCAUGCUCAGGAUUCCCGAAAAAAAGAACCGGAUGUCGUCCCGCCAGUGGGGGCCCAUCUAUCUUCGCCUGUUGCCCGGAGGGGUGCUGCAGAUGUUCUACGAGAAGGGCCUGGAGAAGCCGUACAAGGAGUUCCAGCUUCUCCCUCAGUGCCGGCUGUCGGAGCUGAAGGUGGAAAGCUACAGCGAGCCCAGGAAAGUCCUCACCGUCAAGGUGGAGGUCUUCUCCUACACGGAGAAGAAGCGCUUUAACCCGAAGCCCGAGGUCAGCCACGAGGCGGAGGUGGAGCAGCUGCUCAAGUUUGGCUCCACCGUCUACGAGGACAUGGAGGACUUCGUCGUCUCCGUCGAGGAGGAGAUCUUCCGGCUGCCCGCGCCCCACCAGCCGAGGCGGCAGUACGAGGAGCAGGAGCUGUCGCUGCAGGUCACCGAUCACAUCUGGAUACAGCUGGAUAAGUCGGGGGCGGUCAUGGAGAGGGCCGCUUUUACCCAGAUCCACUGCCUUGCUUUUCUGAACGGACAGGGGGACUGCUUCCUCGCCCUGAACGAUCUCGGCUUGCUGCAUUCCAACUCCAGCUACGGCUACGAGGAGGACAGCGACCUCUGGACGGAGAUCACCGACCACCACUUUCACAGCUGCGUAAACGAGACCGAGUUUCGCCAGUCGCGACUCAUUAAGUUCUCCCCUCCGGACGCGUGCCGGGUGGAGCUGAUGCGGUACAAAACGGCGGUCCUGGGCUGCACCGACGUUCCCUUUUCAGUCAAAGCCGUGGUCACGGUCCAGGGAGCCUACGUGGAGCUCCAAGCCUUCCUCAACAUGUCGGCCACCUUCCUCUCCUCCCUGAGGGCCGCCGAUACGUCUUACCCACUGUGCGAAAACGUGGUGAUCCGCAUACCGGUUCCAGGCGACUGGGUGAAGGUGACGCAGACGGUGGCCCUGCUGCGGCAAAGGUCGCUGAAGGCCCGCAUGAAUAGAAACGCCUGCCUGGGCUCGGUGAGAGCCGCCGACUCGCAGCCCGUCAUGCAGGUGUCCAUCGGCUCCGUCAAGUACGAGAGCGUGUAUUCAGCCAUCGUGUGGAGGAUCGAUAGACUGCCCGCCAAGAACACAGCGGUGGAUCAUCCCCAUUCAUUCUCUUGUAAACUGGAGUUGGGAUCUGAUCAGGAGAUCCCCAGUGACUGGUACCCUUUUGUCUCCAUGGAAUGUGAAAUCAUGGGCGCGGUCGUGUCGCAGACCAGGGUCAAGUCCCUCGGCACUGAGAACGACAUUCAGCCGCAGAAACACGUGACCAGCUGGACGCGCUAUCACUGUCAGCACAAACUCUACCUGUCCAUCAUUGACGAUGUGAUUGAAAGUAUGAAGGAGCUGUUUCUGGAUGAGGGGCUGGAAGAUCGCGUGCUGGACGAUUUAAGGCAUCUCUGGGAGUCAAAGGUGAUGCAGUCCAAAGCAAUGGAGGACUUCAGGAAGAACAACAUCAACUCCUCCAACUUUGUUCUGCAGCUUCCUGCCUCCUACCAACAGGCUGAUCAGACCCAGGAACUUGCAGCACCGGUCAUGAACCCCAGAAGUCAGAACGUUCAAAGCAUCUCGGUCGAGAACAGUACAAAACCUCUUACUACUUUCUCCCUCCCUGCCACGCUGGCUUACUCUGUGCAGAUCCCAGCAGGAGUCACCCUACAGACAGCUUCUGGUCAGCUUUAUAAAGUCAAUGUGCCGGUCGUAGUUACUCAAGCUCCAGCGGGGCAGCAGCCUCCGUCCCGUCUUGCACAGAAAGUGCCCGACCGGAGCGACAUGCUGGCCCCUCAGCCAGCGGCACUUCCACCACCGAAUCCCAUCCCGCUUCACGAGCCCAAGCUCUCCUCCGCUCCCUUUGCCGCUCAAACGAGGAGCGCUGUGACCCUGAGUCAGGAGAACAGUCUUCUCCAGGAGCCUCCAGAGGCAGAGGUCACGCUGGGAGGAAACGAGGCGAGUUCCCAGCCUAAGCCUGUAAACGUCGGUGUGGCCGCCUCUCCCUGCACUCAGUUGUUAGACUUCCAGAUCGCUGCAGAAGAGGCUGCGUUGGCACAGAAGACGCAGAGCAGAGACAUUGAUGAUAUCCUAAAAGAAGUCAUCGAGGAGGAGAGGGAGAAAGCUGAAAGGGCGAGGAAACUAGCUGCUGGGAACGCUGGAAACCAGGCAGGCGCUGAUCUUGGGCUGGACCUGGACUACACCUACAGGGAGCUGUCGGACAUCGUUCAGCUGGACGGUGCUGCAGACAACUCGGACCUGGAGGAGGAUGAGGCGGCUCCUCUGGAGGAGAACGACUUCCUGGGGCUGAUCAACGCAGAAGCCAUAAGGGCCAUGCAGGAGGAGAACGGCAGCGACAGCAUCUCCUCCAGCAGUGACGACGGGGUUGCAGACGAACUGGAUAACGCAGAAGAAGAGGACCCUCUUAAUUCUGGUGACGACGUUGUCGAACAGGACAUCCCGGAUCUUUUUGACACCGACAACGUGAUCGUUUGCCAGUAUGACAAAAUUCAUCGCAGCAAAAACCGCUGGAAGUUUCAUCUGAAAGAUGGGGUGAUGAGUUAUGGCGGCAGGGACUUUGUGUUCUCUAAAGCAAUUGGAGAAGCAGAGUGGUGAUGAGCAUCCAACCAUCAGAUGGUGAAGGAGGGUGGAGCUGAAAGGGGAGUUUAGUUGAGAGCAGCACUUUAAGCCAUUUCUGUUUCAAAUUACUGGUACUCUUUUUGUCAUUUAGCAAAAGUGAAGUGUUUACCUUACCAGAAGUUCAUUUUGCUCCAGUUUACUGAGAGAAAUUUAACGCAUUUAUGUUACAUUUGGCUGCAAACAGAAUUUUAUUAAAACAAGGCCUCUUCUGUUUU